AUGAGAAAGAGGAAGAAUUUUGAAAUGGCCACUGGGCGGAGGCAGCGAAGCCAUAACGAACUCUCUUACGGAAACGAAGACCAAGAUCAAAACCACGGAAGUCACCGCGAAUCCCUACGCCAGUUGUUGGAGAAAUUUGAAGUUCAAGAUAUAUUUGGGCUUGUUGAUAAGCAUAAACACUUCGAUGUGCCUCAGGAUAGCCAUCUGGUUGGGACGGUUGGGACAUUUAGAGUCUGUCCGCGAUCACUCUUCUAUUUGACCCGAACUGUCGCAGACACAUUCUCCAAUCCUAACGAACUCUGUGGCCAUAAAUUCACUUAUAUCCCAGGAGAAGGACUACGCCCCUAUGAAUUCCGCCGGGGUCCGCAGCUUGAAAUAAGCAAAGUGGACCCAGAACUCUUUUCGCAAUUCAUCAAUUACUUAAAUAAGCACAACAUCACUUCAAUUGGACUUGAGUAUAUUAUACCUCAACUCUCUCAGAUUGAGACGCACGAGGUUGUUUCGGAAGAGAAAAGAUGGAUGAUUCUGAUUGAGGGUGCGUUGCCCUUGAAUUUACCGAAUCCAAUUCAAAGGGUUGUGACCUCCUGGAGAUGGCCAAAGUCAAAAACAAUAUCUGGCCCGGCGACGUACUGUGACAAAGACCCGACAGGUAAACAUGUGGGGCCAGAUGACUUGCCAGCCGAGAUCUAUCCUAUGCUGGCUCAGAUGUGCCUUGUUUAG